AUGAGCGACCGCCGCCACAACAACCCACAAUAUCUCUACAUACAACACCCCCAGCCCAUUCAUUCGGACCCUCGCCGGACCAAAGUGCCCUCGCCCGCCCUAUAUUCUCCCGCCUACUCACCCCUACCGCUCCCUCCGCAGCACCCUCUGCAGCACCACCACCACCUACAGUACGCCCACGUGCCGCCGUACCUGCUGCUGCAUCCCUUUCUGCAGCUCGCGCGCAUCGACGAAGUGCAUCAACCCGCCUCGCACACGCCCUUCCCCGCCGUAAUUGUGUCUCCCCACUCGCUGAGCCCGCCUCCCCAGCGGGACUCAGGCCGCACCCUCUCCAAGAAGCCUCCCGUCAAGACGGCACAGGCGCACACAGAUGACACAGAUGGGAAUAAGGAUACACAGCGUAGCGUGCCCACCAGCGCGCCCACGAUGACAUCAAACCGUCUGCCAAAUAUGUCGAGCAAACGGGAAGACGCGGGCGCCCAGACGCGCGCCCAGCGCCCGUCUAUCGUCUCGCAACACUCGAAUUCCGUUCCCUCGACGCCCCUGCAGGUCGCCCGCAAGUACAGCACGCGCUCGCGCUCCCCCUCGCCCAACGGCGGACUGGGCAGCCAUUCGCCACGCUCAGUCUCGUCCGAAGCCAACGGCACUAUGCCUACACUGAGACCCGCGCGUCCCUUCAAGUGCAGAUUCGAGACCAAUGUUGGUAUGCUAGGUCGGAGACGCAUGCCCUACCAAUCAGACGAGAUACUGGAAAAGGCCAAGGAGGAGCCAAAGAAGAGCUUGGAUCCCAACGAGGACGACAAGUUGAGUGGAGAUAUGCGGGAGCUGUACGAUCGGUUAGUGCCGAAACAGGAAGACGAAGAUACUCGAGCGCGCUUUAUAAGAAAGGUGGAGCGUAUACUCCAGACUGAGUUUCCUGGUACCAAAAUCAUGGUCCAUGUAUUCGGUUCUUCUGGCAACAUGUUAUGGACAUCUGAGAGCGAUGUCGAUAUUUGCAUACAGACGCCCAUGAAAAGGCUCGAAGAGAUGCACCCAAUAGCCGAGGCUUUGGACAAACAUGGCAUGGAGCGCGUGGUAUGCAUACCAGCAGCCAAGGUCCGGAUAGUAAAAGUCUGGGACCCUGAGCUGCAACUCGCCUGCGACAUCAACGUGAACAACGUCGCCGCAAUCGAGAAUACGCGCAUGAUUAAGACCUACAUACAGCUCGACGAUCGUGUUCGACCGCUCGCCAUGAUUAUCAAGCACUGGACAAAGAGGCGUAUCCUGAACGAUGCUGGUAUUGGUGGCACAAUCAGCUCGUACACAUGGAUAUGCCUGAUCAUCAACUUUCUCCAGACACGGGAUCCGCCGGUCCUUCCUACCCUGCAUGAUCUUCCCGAUCGAGCGCUAGACGAGACGACCGGCCAGCCUUCGUUAUCGAGUUUCGCCGACGAUAUAGACAAGCUGAGGGGUUAUGGAGACAAGAACAAAGAAAGUCUGGGUCACUUGAUGUUCCAUUUCUUUCGUCUCUACGGACACGAAAUCGAUUAUGAGAAAGACACGAUAUCGGUACGACAGGGCAAGCGAAUACCGCGAGAAGAAAAGGGCUGGCAUCCUGGCGGUGGCCAGAAAGAGGGGGUUAAUCGCCUCUGUGUGGAAGAGCCUUUCAACACGGAGCGUAAUCUUGGAAAUUCUGCAGACGAUUAUGCUUGGCGUGGUAUACACCUGGAGAUUCGUCGCGCUUUCGACCUCCUUGCAGACGGCCAGCAGCUCGAUAAAGCAUGCGAGCAAUUCGACUAUCCACCGGAGGAAAAGUCGAACGCGAUUUUCAAGAAACCUCAGUCGCAGAAAGCUAUUAUUACCUCUAGUGUACCAAACCGGAACGGACGAGGAGGUCCGAAUACGCGUGGAGGCAGAGGAGGCUUUAACCUGAAGGGUCAGCAUGGAGGUAGCAGGCGAUCUUCCGGUAGCUCCAACUACGGUCAGGGUCGACCACCCUUCCUACAUAGUCCGCCGAUCCCAGCGAGCGCUGGCCCGGAGUAUUUCAGCUUCCCAAGAGGCAUCCACGAUCAGCUACACGACCAGCUGUAUCAGCAAUACCAAAUGCUGGAGAUGCAGUCGAACUCUCUACGUGCGCAGUUGGCUGCUCAACAACACGCUCAGCAAGCACAUCAAGUACGGGCCGCGCAGAUGCAUGCCCACGCCGUUGCCCAGGCACAGGCGCAAGGUAGAGCAUCUAACAGUACAAAUGGGUCGCCGCAAAAGUCGCCAUACAUCAACGGUCGACAGAGCCCUCGUUUGGCUGAACGUGGAAUACCUCCAAACUCGCUUCCUCAGGGCUUUCUAUAUCACUACCCUGGCUUCUUCACUUCGCCUCAGUCUGAUCCCAACGGCUCACAAGAUGGAUCACGAACCAACCCUUCGUCUCCUUCUUUGAGCAGUAGUAUACCCGGCGUACAUGGAGUGCAUCGCGCAUCCAAUGCAAGCGAAACAAGCUCUCUUCGUUCGCACUCACAGCCUCCUCGCAGUGCGGGACAACAGCCUGUCAUUGUGGGAUACCCACCUGUACCUCAGCUCGUUGAUCCUGCACAAUUUGCUGGUUAUCCAAUCGCACGAUCAUCGAAAGAUCCUUUGCGACCACAGAUGACGUCGGACAUCCCGAUGAAGCCCAACACGUCCCAGCCAGAGUCGGGUCUAUCUUCUGACAACAGUUCGCCCAAGGAAUAUGUUGGCUACUACGUUGCAGAACAACCGCAGGCACGCCCGCUACAAGAAUAUGCUGUUGGAUCGAUUCCAUCCUUUAGCGAACUGGCUCAGCGUCGUCGACGCGUCUCGCCAGAGAUCACCCAGCCUCUUCUGAACACUGCUUUACGACGAGUGACGCGAUCUCCUUCGCCACUUGGGCAUAUGCGUAGUUACUCUACAAGUGUUACUCAGCCGAAUGAUGUGCCACCUACUGAACAGCGCAAGUCACGCAUUGACUCUGUCCGUCCACCUGUUGACAACGGUCCAGUCAUUGUUAAUGGCUCGUUUCCAAGCCAACCUCGUCCUAGAAGUGAUACGGUAGAGACUGUGCCGCAGGAGAUGCCACCUCAAGUUUCACUUGGGGCAUACGCCAAUGAUCAGGCUAUACAUCAGAUCCAGCAGCUCCAAGCGCGGCAGCAGUUGGUUCUUCAGGAGAUGGAAAGACAAAAAGCAGUGCAAAACAUGGGUCCCCCCAUUGUGAAUGGCUCGAUGAACGGUGCCCCACCAGUGGAGACAAAUGGCUUGACGCGCGUGCCAAGCGAGGGCCAGCAAGCAUUUCCUACGUUCGGGGAUGGCUGGGUAAACUACGAUGCCACUAACGGUCACCAAAGCGACCGAAGCGAUGACAUUUCACCAACUCGCUCGGUUCCCCAUCAGUGGGGCGCACCAGCCUACAAUAACGGCCUACCUCCUCUGGAAACUUCAAAUGUGCAGCGAGCACAUCCUCAAGAGAUCAAAUCUGCGACAAUUCCACUGCUAUCGCCUGUGUUCGAGACGCGUACGCCUUCGCCUACUGCCGGCAGAUCUGCAGAUCUUAACAAGCUCGUCAAUGGUAACAAUAGUCACAAGUCGCAGGUGAAGCCAAGCAACCAACAACAUCGUCGCGCAUCGCUUACAGGUGGAUCGAAUGGUAACGCCAAAGAAAAUCGUAAUGGUCAACAGCAAAAGAACAACACGAACAAUGAGAGGACGAACAAGCCGAGCGCGACAGGCAGUAGUCCCAAUUCUUGGCAACAGCAGCCUCCUCGUAAGAAGGGGAAGAACAAGAAGCCGAGAGCUCCAGACCAGAAGUCAAUGGGUGAGCCAUUGCCCGUCAAUGCCGCUGAUCGCAAGGGUGGCUAG